UUAUCGAUUUGAUGCCUUUUACUGACUUGUUAAAUCUGAUGUUAUUUGAAUUUGAUGCGUUGUUGUUUUGAUUGAGGUGUGGUUAAUAAAGCUAUCGGUGUUGUUUAAUUGUUGUUAUAGGUAUUAAUUUGUUGUAGUUAAAGUGUGUAUGCAAAGACCGGAUUGUGUUUUAGAAUUAUGGAUCAUAAUUCUGACGGUGGAUGAGAAGUAUUGAAACAAAUUUGGUCAACACAAUUGAAUUAAUAGGAGAAGUGUGUUUUUGGUAAUGCUGAUUAAGGAAUCGGACUGAAUGCUUUUCUUUCCUUUUUCUUUUGUAGUUCACGCAUUGCGCGUUCAGAGUUUUCUUUUAGAAAUUGUUUUGUGUUUGUCAAAUAACUUUGUUGACGGGUAUUUUUACAGUUCCAACAUGUGUUAAUUAUACAUAGUUACAGUUGUGUACUGAUCUAAUGAAUUUGUUUGACAAAAUCAAAUUAAUAAGAGAUUUGCUGAUUUGGUGUUGUUGGAAAAUAUUGUUUCUUUUUCCUUUUGUAGUGUUCACGCAUUGCGUGUUGAGUGUUUUUAAAAAUUGUGGGCGUUAUUAAAUAACUUUAUUGACAGGUCUUCAACUUUCGACACGAAUUAACUAUAUAUGUAUGUAGAUAUGGAUGAAUCUGGUGAUUUUGGGUUAAGUAAAAGAGAAAUUAACAUUUAGAGGUUUGUGCUUCUAAAAGAACACACACUAGUGUGGAUGUUAACUUGGGGGAUCUUAGACUCGUUUAAAUUGCUUGUUGUGAUUCAAUUGCUUGGUGUUCCUAGGAUUAAAGCAUUCUUAUAUAUGCAUUAGAAGUUCAAACUCAAUAAACAAGCACUUUUUUUUUUCUGAAGUGAAGUCAAUGCAUCUAUAUAAUCGUUUCUUUAAAUGUUGUUACCGUCAUUAACACAUCCCGUGUGCUAGAGAGGGCCAACUUUGGAGAUGUGUUAAUUUUUUAUUCUACAUCAAAUUGUGCCAAAAUGGGCCAACAGCCCUUUAAGAACCACAUCCAAUUAUAAAUCCACCUCAAUAGCCCUCACAACACCUAUAUUUUCAUUUACACUCACAGCUUCAAUUUGCAAUUACCAAGCUUUCUUUUCAUCUUUAAAUGGCGAAUCCAAUUGAUUCAAGCCAAGAUGACUCCUUCCAAAUUGACCCUCUUAUAGGCCCCGACUCUUUUUUCUUCACCGGCACCAAUCAAACCCUCCUACCAAUUCAACCAUCAGAGCAGGCUGACCAAAAACCAGUGGUGUUGAAUCAGAUUCCUUCAUCUGAACUCGAUCCGAUUUGUGAUGACGUUGAAGCACUGGUAUUGAAUCCGAUUCCUUCAUCCGAACUCGGUCCUAUUUGUGAUGAAGUUGAAGCACUGGUAUUGAAUCCGAUUCCUUCAUCUGAAGCUGAUCUGAUAUCUGGCCAAGAACCGCUGGUGUUGAAUCCGAUUUCUUCAUCUGAACCCAAUCCGAUUUGUGGCGAAGUUGUUCAGGCGACCGAACAGCCUCUUAAAUUGUACCCCAUACCCAAAACACUUUUACGAUCUACAGGCUUGAACAAUUGGACAAUGACUAGUGAGACUCAGAAUUCCGGUGCUAGUGCUACAAAUAUAGAUAGGUAUUACAUAGAUCCAAAAACAGGCCAACGGUUUCGUUCAAAGGCCGAGGUCAUACGUUACCUAGAAACAGGGAGUAAGAGUAAGCCGCAGUCUGGUGCUAAUGCAACGCCUUCUGAGACGAGCGGAAAACAAAAGGAGAAAUCAAGGGGCAAACAAAAGGAGAAGUCCAGUAGCAAGAAGACCGGCACUGGGAAGAAGGAAAAGCAAACUGGGUGGAACUUUGACUUUGAGAAUCCACCAGAAGAGACUACCUGGUCUCUUGUGGAUGGCACUUGGAAACCUUCCAUCGGAGGAGACCCAGUGCCAGAAGAAACUGUCCAGCAGUGGGCAGAAACUUUCGAGCUUGUAUGUACGAUGGAGUGAAGACUUCAUUACUCCAUCUAACGAUACACAGAACAUUUUCUUUCUUUCUUUUUUCCUUUUUUCUUUGUUGUGUAAAACUAAGAAUGUUGUUGAAUAUUUCCGUAAUUACCAUCCCUUGGAUGAUACAGAUGGGAUUGGAUCUUAUUCUGUCAUUAGCAUGAUACCGACGGGAUUGGAUCUAAUUCCAUCGUUAGCAUAGGUAGGUGCAGAACCAUUCCUGUGAUUUCUAUGAAUGCCAUAGCGGAGGGGUGGGGGUUUUAGUACUCCAUUAAACUUUACACA